UUCGGAAACGGAAGCAAGUUGCAGAGCUGAAACCAAUAGAGACGUCGGAAACAGAUGGCAGGUGCUUCAGUACACAUUUAGCUGAUCAACUACAGAAAUCAACGUAUUUUCUGUUUUUAAUUCGCUUCUUUCUCAAUUUUCAACAAAUAAGGUUCCGUAAAUACGAUCGUGGCUUCAGACGUGGCUUCAGACAUGAUUAGAAUGAGCUUGCAGCAUCAUUUUGGAGCAUUUGUGUGCAUUGUCUCUCUGAUUUGGCUUGAAGUGGAUGCGGGAUCUGCGGUCACGUGGUUCCAGAGAGGUAUAAUGCUGGAGGCGAAGUUGAUGCCGGAAUUCGAGCCGUUCAUCGAGGAGUACCUUGACCCCACCUCGGAGCAAUUUAACGCAGUCAAAGUUCUACUAGAACACGAGUGCGGCCUGGCUGAGCUGGGGGACCAGUUUUAUCUAAACUGCACCCUCUACUCCCUCUCGGAGGGAAGCGUGUACGCCCAGUUCUCAGCCAACAUCUCCUCGGAGGAUUGGAGUGCACUGAGACUUCUGAGUCCCUACCACGUCGAAUAUGAACUGCAGCAACAGGUGCAUUCGUUCCGAAUCGUGUUUUUGGAGAGCGACUUCAAUGGAGAAGAACAGGACAGGAAGUGGCAGUGGGAGCAUGGCUUGAUUGUGGUAGGGUGCUUCAUGGCUGUGGUCUGCUUCGCCAUCCUCUACGUGCCCCUGGACAUCUACAUGACCAGACGGGACGAGCAGGCCAGCAAGAACAAGCUCAUUCAGCCGAAACUGAACCAAAAGAUAGCCAUGAAAAUGGAACUGGUCAAGGAGAGACGAAAGGAAGAAGAGCGAAUGGAGAAGGAGGAAGCUGCAGAGCGGGCGGCCAUGCACAAGGCAUUUCUAGCCGAGGAGUUUAAGAAGAAGAAAGACUUGGAGGCCAUGCGAAUCAAUGCACUCAACGACGAAAUACGCCAAACGUCUCGAUUUUGAGAUAAUCUGAAGUUACAAAAGAGAUUUCGACAUUCUAAUUCAUUCAAACACCAAAAUAAAUAUUUCAAGAUUGCUUUUGCAGCAAACAGCGAGGCAAAUUCUGCCAACUGUCUUCAUGGAGAUGAUGGAGAAUUCUCAACACACACAAAACUCAUAUGAGUGAAUGUGGACAUACAGUUAUUAAACACAAUAGAAAAAGUUUCGAGUGAUCAUUGACAAACCAUUUCUUUAUAACCAUUACCGCAAUGACAUUUUUUUGAAAUAUC